UGUGCUGCUCAUUGACUAAAUGGUUUCCGCCAAAGUGUUGCGUGGUCGCUACCGUUUUUCUUUGCAGGGUUUAAAAGCGUGAACGGUGAAGUAACGUUAACCAGUACCUAAAAGCUAUCAGAAGCUAAUUUGGCUAAGACAUUUCUGUCACGUUUAUGCCAAAAUAAGACAGUUUAAUGUAUCGGAACAUUUGCUUAUGCUUGUAUGAGUAUAAACGGUGACUUGUCUGUUUAACAAUAACAUUUACAAAUUUAUAAGGCCGUGAUUGUUUUUGUAGUGAGUAAACUGUUUUUGUGGUUAGCGUUGUUGCUAAUCUGUCACAUUAGUGUGUGAUGUAUUUAAACCAGUAACGUUAUCAGACAAUUUAUGGAUUUUAGCAUCACGCAUUAAUUUGCGUAUCAGUACCAGUUUUGCCAUCUCAAACAAUCUACACAAAGUUUGUUAGCGGGAACGUCAUUUGACUGUAAACCCACCAGAAGGUUAACGCUACGCUUCUACUGCAGUUAGCUUAAAUCUUCACAUCUUGGAGAUCAGUUUCAUGAUGGAAAUAGCGAUGGGGGAUUUUAUGACGAAAAUUUGUGCGUUAUAUCUUCAUGAUCUUUGGUGUAUGAUGGAUAAUGUUACCGUUUCAUUUGAGCGGAAAGUGAACUGAGCUAACGUUGCUGUUUAGCUUUGUUGUGUUUUGGCAGCUCCAUAGUCCACGUUGCACUCUCGCGUAUGGCUGACUGCAGGUCAGUUUUACCCAUUUGCUGCUUUUCACGAACCAGAAAGUGGACAAAGACAUUUAAGAGCGAAUGAAGUGGAUAAAUGCGACUAGAGCUUUAUGUUUUUUCACGAUUAAUUCAUCAAGGAGUUCUUGUUUUAAAGUGCAGGUGUUGGAGUGUAAACUGGCAAAGAGGGGCCCCGAAAUGUUGAACCCAACCAACGGUGACCCGGUUCACGUUGUUGUAAAUUAUGUGGAGGAGUAUCUGGACCUGGUGGAGUCUCUACCUUUUGACCUACAGAGGAGUGUGUCUGUAAUGAAGGAAAUCGAUGCCAAGUAUCAAGAUGUUCUGGAGGAGCUUGAUGAUUUUUAUGAAAGGUAUCGCCGGGAAUCUGACUCUCUUCAGAGACGCAAGCUUCAGUUAAUGAUUCAGAGGGCACUCAUCCGCAGUCAAGAGCUUGGAGAUGAAAAGAUCCAGAUUGUUGGUCAAAUGGUGGAAUUGGUUGAAAACCGAACUCGACAAAUGGACUGGCAUUCUGAACUUCUUCUUUCCUCCCAAGAAGUCCCAGAAAGUCAGAUUCCCACGGCAACAUCCAUGACAACUGCUGCAGCAUCGAUUAUGUCAUCAUCAACCUCCAUUACUCCAGGCAAACCUGGUCAUCAUGACAAGAAGCGGGAUGAGGUCACUCCGGGAUCAGGUAGCGGAGAUAAGGCUGGAGGGAAACGUUCGAGACGUCAGAAAAAUGGAGAAAAUCGGGAAAGUUAUGGAGGCCUGGAGCACGCUGAGGAAGUGGGAGUAUCCCGGGAAAAACGCACCAAAACCUCUUCCAAAAAGAAGAAGCGAUCUAAAGGAAAAUCUGAGCGAGAAGUGUCCCCUCCUGACCUGCCUAUUGAUCCAGAUGAGCCAACAUACUGCCUGUGUGAGCAGGUGUCAUACGGUGAGAUGAUUGGCUGUGAUAACGAUGAAUGUCCUAUUGAAUGGUUCCAUUUCUCUUGCGUUGGGCUUCACCAUAAGCCCAAGGGAAAGUGGUACUGCCCCAAGUGUAGGGGUGAGAAUGAGAAGACCAUGGACAAAGCCUUGGAGAGGGCUAAGAAGGACAGGGCAUACAACAGGUAGCUCACUCUACUGGCUUCAAUAGACACUACUGCAUAAAAAUGUCAUCUGUUUCCACUUAAUGUUAACUUUAAAAGGAAGUCAUGGAUUUCUUGUACAUAGUUAUUUUUGUAACUGCUGCAUAGCUCAGAAACCAGAUUUUCUUUUUCUGUAAAGAGUAGAUACAGUACUCUAAAACCUGCAUGCUUGUAUCCAGAUGUCCUGCACUUCACCAUCACUAUGCAUGCAACCAUCACCCACUCAUUAUAUAUGAUGCUCAAUUAAAGAAACCUUUCUGAAGAAGUUUUAGGAUGUUGACGAUCACUAGGGAUGAAGAACCAAUAAUCUGUGAUAUUAUACAGAAUAUUUCCUAAAAAGCUAACACAAGACUAUAGUGAGCAGUAUUUCAGAAAUGUUUUUUCAUAAUCAAUGCUAAUGUAUCAGCAUUUUGUAUGAAACGUAUUUCAUUGAAUUGUGGUAUUAUUUUCAGUAUACAUGCCACAACCCUUGAUUGAAUUAACAGGCAGUUUGUAACAAAUACAAUUAAAUUUUGUGUGUACAUUAAAACUGCUUUAUUCCUCUGUUCUGUUAGCACUGACUGUAUUUCAUACAAUCACUUUAGACCACAUGUGUCAGGUUCUGGCCCUCGAAGGCCAGUGUCCCUGCUGGUUUUCCAGCUCUCUCUUCUAGUUACCUUGAUCAGGUGUGUCAGUUGGCUUUUCUAGCUUGUCAUUGACUGAACAUGCCUGGUCAUGGUAAUCAGUAGGAGCUGGGGCAGAGAGAGGUGGAAAACAGCAGGGCAGCAGGCACUUUGACACCCCUGCUUUAGACUGUUCGUGACAUGUAGCCACUUCCUGAAUAAAAAGUAUGUGUUCCAUCACAUACACUCUGGUGUUACAUUACAAUUAUGUGCCGUUUCUCAGAUAUAAAAAAAACUCCCUUAAAGAUAAAUUAGCUUUUUUAUUUAUUUACAAGUGCUGAAAAAAAUGACAUGAGGGACAACCAGUGCAAAAUCUGUACAUAAAUUCAGUUGCAAGGUUCUUAUAUACAUGAGUACAGAACAGGGAUGUGAAUACACUAUCUGUCAUGCAUGUAACAGAGUUCACAACACAGCAAAAGACGGUGUCAAGAUGUCUCGUUUAGUUGUAGUCCAUGAUGCUUGGGCUGCUCAUUCCUCUAAGGAAAAGUAGAGUGAUCGUAAAGGAGACCAGAGCUUUCAGAGCAGAUCAGGAGCACAACAGAAAAAGGCCCAUGACGUACCCAAUAUACCCUCAAAACAUUUAACAUAAGUAGUCAUGGGUAGCUAUUACAGCAAGUUAGAACACACCAGAUUUUUUAGGUAAUGGCCCACAAGUCCAUACUGAUAAACUAUCAAGGCAAGAUUUAGCACAUUCCCCUGGUGGAUUGGAAAGGGGGAUAUAAUAGAAAAAAUAAAUUCUUCUUGGCAGGCAAGAAAGAAAUCUAUAAAGGGAAAUUGAAGGUAAAGUGCAUAAAAGCUUAAAAUCAAAAAGGUUAAAGGGGGGGGGG